AUGUCAUCGACAUUCUGGAUGAUCGGGUGCUUGAGCGGCGCAUCCAGCGUCGUCUUGGGCGCCUUCGGUGCUCAUGGCCUCAAGAGCCGUAUCGACAGCCCGGCCCGUCUCGCGAACUGGCAUACUGCGGCACAAUAUCAAUUGAUGCACUCGGUCGCCUUACUGGUUGCUGACCAAGCUGCUCCUAAGAAUAUUUGGGCGAAGAGUCUCUUCACGGCAGGAAUCACCAUGUUCUCUGGCUCUCUCUACCUGCUGGUUCUCGAUCCUCAACGGUUCAAGCUCAUGGGCCCUGUUACUCCGUUAGGCGGUACAUGUCUGAUAGGUGGAUGGAUUGCGCUGGCGAUAGGCAGUCGCGGCAGGAUCGCUGGAAGCAGGCUAUGA